AUGACGAUGAUAUUUUCUUUAUUAAUAGUUGCUACAUGGGCUUUUGCCGUUCAAUGUGUAAUCACUCGAACUCCGAGUGGUGAUAUCCUUGGUUUCACAUCUGAUGGAGUCGAUAUUUACUUGGGCAUUCGUUAUGCAGAAUUUUCGGAGCGCUGGACACCAGCUAAACUACCUUCUUCGUGGACAGGAAUACAAAAUGCAACAACGUUUGGUUCGAUCUGCCACCAGUUUGGUCCCUACAAUCAACCAUUUCAGUUUAAUGAAAGUGAACAUUGUCUCUUUUUAAAUUUGUGGGUACCGACUAGGAGAAAUGCGUCGCUAUUACCAGUACGUUUAUGGUUACAUGGUGGUGGUUAUACUGCUGGUAGCAGUAAUGAUUAUGACGCUCGAAAUCUUGCUAAUCUUUCUCAAUCAAUUAUUGUCACAAUCAAUUAUCGUCUUGGUAUAUUUGGUUUUUUUCCAUUACCAGCUGUUGAAGAAAGAAAUUUCGGUUGGCUUGAUCAACAAUUAGCUUUACAAUGGGUUCAAGAGAAUAUUGCAUCAUUCGGUGGUGACAAAACAAACGUUAUGUUAUUCGGUCAAUCAGCCGGUGGUGGUUCCACUAUUGCACAUUUACUGAUACAAUCGAGUUGGUCACUCUAUUCGUCAGCUAUUCUACAAUCAAGUGGACCUUUUCGCUAUGACACUUGUCAAGAAAGAGAACAGAUAAAUUUAGAACUACUCGAAAAAUCUUUUUCCGAAUGUCAAUCGAAUAUUAAUUGUUUUCGUCAAUUAAACGCAUCACUAUUCUAUGAAAAACUUACAGUGAACUGGAUAACAUUAUGGCCUUGUAUUGGUGAACGUUCACAACUCAAGGAACAACCGUUAGCAUUAUUUCGAAAAGGUGAUUUCAAUAAGAAAGCAUCAAUCAUAGGUGGUAUGAAUACAAAUGAAGGUCAGACUAGUGUAUUGACGUUCAAUCAAUUUAAUAUGGCUAUCAAUUCAUCUCAGUAUCAUCCUUGGGCUAUACAGUACAGAAUACCUGAUAACCUGACAGAAUUAACAAUUUUAUUGUAUUAUAUUCAAUCAACAAUGUCAUCAUCUAAUCUUGCUGGUGGAAAUUUUGGUGAUAUAAAAGGUUUUCUAUAUGCUUGGUUAGGUAAACAAAAUAAACUUCCAUCAUAUGAAGUUUCUCAACAAGGUACUAAACAAAGAAUACGAUUUAAAUGUGAACUAACAGUACCAUCAUAUUCUUAUACUGCCAUUGGAAAUUCAACAAAUAAAAAAGAUGCACAAACAAAUGCUGCUAUUGAUUUUUGUCAAUAUUUGGUUCGUGAAGGAAAAAUGCCCGAAAAUGAACUUGAACCAUAUCUACCAUCAAAGAAUUCAUCAGUUCUUACAACACAAUCACUUGGAACUUUACCAGCUGGUCUUGUACCACCACAUAUGUUGCAACGUAACACUACAGCAAACGAAGUUGGUCCACCACCUACUCUACUUCCAUAUCAACCAGGACCACCAUCUCAUUAUCUUGAACAUAUUCGUUCAGAUCGUAAAAUGCUUGAAGAACAAGAAGAAACUGAUACAAAUGCAUCAAUACAUGGAAAUUGGACGAUUGAAAAUGCUAAAGGUCGUCUUCAUCAAUAUUUACAAAAAAAUAAUCUUUCACAAGAAUAUAAAUAUACAUCAAGUGGACCAGAUAAUCUUCGAACAUUUUUUGCUGAAUUAUCCGUUUAUAUACGAGAACGUAAUCAAACAAUUCAUGCACGAGAAAAUGGAUCAACAAAACAAAUUGCUUCAAAAAGUUGUGCACUUGUACUUGUUCGACAACUUUAUCAUUUAAAAAUUAUUGAACCAUUUACUGGAGAAAAAAAGAAAAAACAAAUUGAGAAAACAACACCAUUUCGUGUUACUGUUAGUAAUGAUAUUGUCACAGAACUUGAUGAAGUUAUUAAAUUAUUCAAUAUUCAACCAGUUGUGAUAAAUGAACAACAAACAAAUAGUUCAUUAUUAAAUCCUCAAAUUUUAGAACGUUUUCCUCCAAGUGAACGUCGUACAACAUCAUCUAUAAUUCAAUGGGUACCACCAAUACCAAAUUGGAAUCCAUGGAUAGCAUCAAAUAUUGAUGAAGGUCCAUUAGCAACAGCUACAAUGGAAUCAAUUAGUGAAAAUUUACGUCAUGGAGAACAAUCUAAAAUAGAAAAUGAAUUAAAAUGUCGUCUUCAAGAACGUCAAAAUUUACCUGUUUUUACUUAUCGACAACAAAUACUUGAACAAAUAAAAAGAAAUAAUGUUAUUCUUAUUCGUGGAGCAACUGGAUGUGGAAAAACAACACAAAUUCCUCAAUAUAUAAUUGAUGAUGCUAUUCAACAUAAUCAAGGUGCUUAUUGUAAUGUUGUUGUUACUCAACCACGUCGAAUAAGUGCUAUUUCAAUUGCUGAACGUGUUUCUUGGGAACGAUGUGAAGAUUUGGGUAAUUCAUGUGGUUAUAGUGUUCGUUUUGAAUCAAUUCUUCCUCGACCAUAUGGUUCAUUACUUUUUUGUACUGUUGGUGUUCUUUUAAGAAAACUUGAAAGUGGUUUAAGAGGAAUAUCUCAUGUUAUUGUUGAUGAAAUUCAUGAACGGGAUAUAAAUACAGACUUUUUAUUGGUUUUACUUCGUGAUAUGCUUAAUGCUUAUCCUCAAUUGAAAGUUAUUCUUAUGUCUGCAACAAUUGAUGUAACAUUAUUUCGUCAAUAUUUUUUUAAUUGUUCAAUAGUAGAAAUUGAAGGACGAACAUUUGAUGUUCGAGAAUAUUUUCUUGAAGAUAUUAUUCAAUUACUUAAUUUUCAACCAAUGAAUUCAUCAUUAACAAGUCGAAAACAAAAUAAUAAAAAUCGACAAUUACAAGAUGAUGAUGAUGAUCUUGGAUAUGAAGAUUCACAAGCAGAUGAUAUUGAGGAUGUUAAUUGUAAUACAAUAUGUGGUCAAGAAUAUUCUCCUCAAACAGCAGCAGCCAUGAGUCAAUUAAGUGAAAAAUCUCUUUCAUUUGAAUUAAUUGAAGCAUUAAUAACUUAUAUCUGUAGUUUGGGUGAUGAUGGAGCAAUAUUAAUAUUUUUACCUGGAUGGAAUUUAAUUCAAGCAUUACUUAAAUAUUUUCAACAACAUCCAAGAUUUGGUUCAUCAGGAUUUCGAUUUCUUCCAUUACAUUCUCAAUUACCUCGUGAAGAACAACAUCGAGUAUUUGAACAUGUUCCAUCUGGUGUUAAAAAAAUAAUUUUAUCAACAAAUAUAGCUGAAUCAAGUGUAACUAUUGAUGAUAUUAUUUAUGUUAUUGAUAGUUGUAAAGUAAAACAAAAAUUAUUUUCAUCACAUAAUAAUAUGACAAAUUAUGUUACGAUAUGGGCAUCAAAAACAAAUUUAACACAAAGACGUGGUCGUGCUGGUCGAACAAGAUCUGGUUGUUGUUUUUAUUUAUGUUCAAAAUCACGUUAUGAACAUUUAGAUAAUUAUUUAUUACCAGAAAUAUUUCGUACACCAUUACAUGAACUUGCAUUAGCUAUUAAAUUAUUAAAAUUAGGUGAUAUUAAAGUAUUUUUAUCUAAAGCUAUUGAACAACCACCAAUGGAUGCUGUUGCUGAAGCUGAAUUUACUCUUAAACAAAUGCAAGCAAUUGAUGAAAAUGAUGAAUUAACACCAUUAGGAAAAAUUUUAGCACGAUUACCAAUUGAUCCAAAAAUUGGUAAAAUGAUUAUAUUAGGUUGUAUUUUUUGGUAA